UGCUCCCACUUCUCCUCCACUCCUCCUCCCUAUAAAAACCCUAACCCUCGCGAUACUCCUAUCUCAAACCCUUCAUCGCUCCCAAUUCUCCGAUCUCCGAUCCCGAUCACAUCGCUAUGGGCCGUAAAUUCUUCGUCGGCGGCAACUGGAAAUGCAAUGGCACUGCGGACGAAGUUAAGAAGAUCGUCUCAACACUGAAUGAAGCUGAGGUUCCCUCCGAGGAUGUAGUUGAGGUUGUUGUGAGCCCACCAUUCGUGUUCCUUCCGCUGGUGAAAAGCUUGUUACGUUCGGAUUUUGGUGUCGCAGCACAAAAUUGCUGGGUGAGGAAAGGCGGUGCCUUCACCGGUGAGAUCAGCUCUGAAAUGCUUGUCAAUCUAGGCAUUCCUUGGGUGAUUUUGGGCCACUCCGAGCGGCGGCUUCUAUUAGGUGAAUCAAAUGAGUUUGUUGCAGAUAAGGUUGCAUAUGCACUUUCUCAAGGCUUAAAGGUGAUUGCUUGUGUUGGUGAAACACUUGAGCAAAGGGAAGCAGGGAAAACUAUGGAUGUUGUUGCUGCGCAAACUAAAGCAAUCGCAGACAAGAUAUCAGACUGGACUAAUGUCGUACUCGCAUAUGAGCCUGUAUGGGCCAUCGGAACAGGCAAAGUUGCAACCCCUGUUCAAGCUCAGGAAGUGCACUCCUUUCUUAGGGAAUGGUUUCAUACUAAUGUCAGCCCUGAUGUGGCCGCAUCAGUUAGAAUCAUUUAUGGAGGUUCUGUAACUGCUGCUAACUGCAAAGAACUUGCAGCACAGCCUGACGUUGAUGGAUUCUUAGUUGGUGGUGCUUCUUUGAAGCCCGAGUUCGUGGACAUUAUCAAAUCUGCUACAAUCAAGUCAUCUGCAUAAUAACGUCAGACCAGUUAAUGAGCAGAUGUUGUGUUUUAUCUGAAUAAAAGGCUUUUCAAUGUCUAACUGCUUGUAGUAGUCUUCCACCUGGAACUUGGAACUAGAGGUGAAAGUCAUAAAGCAGUAGAGGAUGAGUAUAAUUUGCACUGAUUUUAUUUCUGAUCAGUUGUUGUGUUUCCCCUCUUCAUCAUUUUCAAAGAGUAAUUUUGUGUUAUCUCCGACAUAUGGCUUUAAUUUUAAGUUGUGUAUCUUUUAAUCU